AUGAAGUUUUUCAUCGAUGACCUCCCGGUCCUCUUCCCAUAUCCGAGUAUCUACCCGGAGCAAUACCAAUACAUGUGCUCCCUCAAAAAAACCCUUGACGCCGGCGGCCACUGCGUCCUCGAAAUGCCCUCUGGAACCGGCAAAACAAUCUCCCUCCUCUCCCUCAUUGUCUCUUACCAACAGUUCUACCCUGAGCACAGAAAACUGGUAUAUUGUUCCCGAACCAUGACAGAAAUCGAGAAAGCGUUGGCGGAGUUACGGGAGUUGAUGAAAUUCCGCAGCAAAGAGUUAGGGAAGGAUGAGGAUUUUCGGGCGUUGGGGUUGACGAGUAGGAAGAAUUUGUGUUUGCAUCCUGAUGUGAAGAAGGAGAGGAGGGGGAAUGUGGUUGAUGCGAGAUGUAGGAGUUUGACGGCGGGGUUUGUGAAGGAGAAGAAGGAGAGGGGGGAGGAUGUUGCUUUGUGUGUGUACCAUGAGAACCUCGAUCUCCUCGACCCUACUUCGUUGAUCCCGAAUGGAGUUUACACCUUUGACGACCUCAUCAACUACUGCGAAUCCAACAAACAAUGUCCCUACUUCACGGCCCGCCGUAUGAUGCCCUUCUGCAACGUCAUCAUCUACUCCUACCACUACCUCCUCGACCCCAAGAUCGCAGAACGCGUUUCCCGCGAACUCAGUAAAGACUGUAUCGUCGUCUUCGACGAAGCACAUAACAUCGAUAACGUGUGCAUUGAGUCUUUGUCGAUUGACAUUACGGAAGAUUCAUUACGUAAGGCAACGAGGGGAGUUGACAAUUUGGACCGGAAGAUAUUGGAGAUGAAGCAGACUGACGCAAAAAAACUCCAAGACGAAUACCAACGCCUCGUCGAAGGACUACGAGAGGCGGAUGAAGCCCGUGUUGAAGACGAUUUCAUGUCAAACCCGGUCCUCCCCGACGAUCUUUUGUCGGAAGCCAUCCCAGGCAAUAUCCGCCGCGCAGAACACUUCGUAGCGUUCUUGAAGCGCUUCGUCGAAUACCUCAAAACACGCAUGAAAGUCCUCCACGUCAUCGCCGAAACCCCACCCUCAUUCCUCGCACACCUCAAAGACCUAACCUUCAUCGAACGCAAGCCUCUCCGAUUCUGCGCAGAACGUCUCACAUCACUUGUCAGGACGCUGGAAUUGACCCAGAUUGAGGACUAUCAGGCGUUGCAGGAGGUUGCGACGUUCGCGACGUUGGUGGCUACGUACGAGAAGGGUUUCUUGUUGAUUUUGGAACCGUUUGAGACAGAGACUGCGACGGUUCCGAAUCCGGUGUUGCAUUUGACGUGUCAGGAUGCGAGUAUUGCUAUGAAACCUGUCUUUGAGCGAUUCUCUUCUGUGGUCAUUACGUCCGGUACUAUCUCGCCAUUGGAUAUGUAUCCGAAGAUGUUACAGUUUGAGACGGUGGUGCAGGAGUCGUAUACCAUGACACUUGCACGAAACUGUUUCUUGCCGAUGGUUGUUACAAGGGGCUCGGACCAAGUCGCUGUGAGUUCGAAGUUCGAGGUCAGGAAUGAUCCGAGUGUGGUGAGGAACUACGGGAACGUGUUGAUUGAGUACUCGAAGAUCACACCGGAUGGAUUGGUGUGUUUCUUCCCGUCUUAUUUGUAUAUGGAGAGUAUUAUCUCGAUGUGGACGACGAUGGGUAUUCUUGAUGAAGUAUGGAAGUAUAAGCUCAUUCUUGUCGAAACGCCGGAUAGUCAGGAGACGAGUUUGGCGUUGGAGACGUAUCGGACAGCGUGUGCGAAUGGGCGAGGUGCGGUGUUGCUGAGUGUCGCGCGUGGAAAGGUAUCAGAGGGCAUUGAUUUUGAUCAUCAUUAUGGGCGCGCUGUCAUCAUGUUCGGUAUUCCAUAUCAGUAUACCGAAUCGAGGAUCUUAAAGGCCCGUCUGGAGUUCCUCCGCGAUAACUACCGCAUCAAAGAAGCCGACUUUCUAACCUUCGACGCAAUGCGUCACGCAGCCCAAUGCCUCGGUCGAGUCAUCCGUGGCAAAGACGACUACGGAAUCAUGGUCCUCGCCGACAAACGCUUUGCCCGCGCCGACAAACGCAACAAACUCCCCAAGUGGAUAAACGCGUACCUCACCGACGCCUCGGCGAACUUGAGUACGGAUAUGAGCGUCGUUAUGGCGAAGAAGUUUUUGAGGAAUAUGGCGCAGCCGUUUUUGGCGAAGGAUCAGGAGGGGGUUAGUCAGUGGAGUUUGAAGGAUAUUGAGGCGUUUCAGAAGAAGCAGAAGAUGGAUGCGGGGGCGUUUGCGAUGCCGACGGGAGGUGGGAAGGAGGGGUACAAGGAUGAGAAUACGCAGAUGUAUGAUGUGGAUGAUGAUGAAGAGGCGGAGAUGAUGGCUUUCGCUGGGCAUUAG